GGAACACUACGCUACAUCAACAUAUCUGAGUAUGUCAACUGCAAGUCGUCGCCGUAACGGUUCUCAAGCUUCUUGCGAACGGUGUCGGAAAUCUAAGAUUCGCUGUGAUCACCUUAAACCUAUUUGUGGUCCGUGUCAGCGCCGGGGGCUAGAGUCUCAGUGCUGGUAUCAUCCCGCACCCCUCACCAAACGACGAAACUCUCGAUCAACCCCGCCAACUCACCCCCAAGCUGAUAGUAUUGAUCAAGAUGAGUUUAACCAUGAUACUUCGGAGACCAAUCCAGUCAAUCCAUUCUCAGAUUUCCUUACAUGGCCUUCUAUCUUAAACCAUCCUAACUACGCGUUAUCGCGCGUUCCCAUAUACGAAUCUCUCAACGAGAAGGGGCAACAAGGGCACUUGGCCACCACAGAGGAAAUUGUCGCUCAAUUGAAGUAUCUCCCCUUUAUUGAGAAGCUUUUCGAUGAAUUCUUCUCAUUCAGUCAAAUUGCACUUGUUCCAAGACGAAUAUUUUUGAGACUUGUUAAGUCGGUUCGCAAUAACCUCACAAUAUCGGAGCAAAAUCCCGAAAAGACGGUAGAAUGUGGUCAUGGCAUUUCACAACUUGCCAAGGAUGUACUACAUUCCUCUUCGUCCCAGGUCAACAUUACGUCGUCGUUAGACCCUGACAGUUUCUGCGCAUUAUUUUCUGGGAAUAAUUUGCGUGUGGAGACGCUGGGUCUUCUUUACACAACCGCUGCGCGCUCAUACUUAUGCGGCAUGGUAUAUGACGAAAGUAAACAUGAUGGAUUCAUUCAGGCAAUGAUACGAUGUAGUAACCUGAGUUUACAACUCGCCCGAGAUCUUUCGACACAGACGAAUGAUUUCAUCAUCUGGUUAGCUCACGAUAACCUACAGCUUACCACACUCGUUGAAGGGGAGCCAAGUCUGGGUGUUUGGCGACGACUAGGAGAUCUAGCAACGGACUUAUUCGCCUUAGGCCUCCAUCGCGAAUCAACAUACUCCACCGAUACGACGCCGUUCUUCCUGGCGGAGUGUCGCAGGAAGACCUUCGCUACCGCAUACCAUAACGAUAAGUUUUUCAUGGCCGUUUUCAAUCGACCCCCACGGAUACCGGCUCGGUUCGUAGAUUUCAAUCUACCUCUUGAUUUAUCCGAGGACGAAAUCUUCGCAACCUCAUCCGAGAUGCUAGAGCAAGCGCGAAGCAAGCUGUCACUGGAUGGCUGGGGCACAGACGGGGGUUAUAGAGCCACAACGUGGGCGCGAUUUCAGCUGCUACGGUUACUUGGACAGGGAGACAUAACCCCUCAACCAGAGUUGAUUCAAGUUUCCGCAAAUAUGCUUGAGACGGUUAUACGGAUGGCAAAGGCUCGCAGCAGGGCCAUUUUCUUUCCUCGAGAUCUCCCCGUAUUGGUGCUAUCAUAUGGUCUACCUAGCGCAAUGGUUCUUAUCGCAGCAUUGAGAGAAACUACGCAAAGUCCAUCAACCAAUUUCCCACUCGAAGUAAAUCGUUCUCGUCUCAUACGAAAUCUCUCGGUCUUCGUGUCUCAACUCGAUAGCAUAUCGAGUCCCAAGGAAACGACUCACGAGUUCUGCAUUCAAGCAGCGAAGAUCAUUUCGCGCAAGCUUGACAUGGUCUUGGAUAAUCUCGCGGUCUCGACUCAUGUGGAACCCCUAGAUGUCGCACCGGGUUCAAAUGAGAGCCCGAAGUUGAUGCCGAACCAACCAAUACCAGCUAAUGGUACGUCUACCCCUGGAUCUGCAAGUCUUGAGACCAUCAAUUUCGACGAUAUGGAUGGGCUCGAUCUUGAUUCUUGGCCGUUGAGUUUUGAUUUUGACGCAAUCAAUAACGAGUGGAAUACUCCAUAG